AACCUCCUGACGAGAUCCCUCCAGACUAUUGAGCCGCCCGCCCUGCCAAAAUCAACCGCGGCUCUUCGCGCGAACCCCUAAAGCAAGCGGCGUCGAGGAGCAGAGGAAGGGGAGGGGAUCGCCGGCGGCCGUCCGUUUCUCCGGUGGUCGCCGCUCUUCCCCCCGCCAGGGCACCAUGCAGAACCCUAGCGGCCACCACGCUACCCCGGCCUCCGCGGCUAAGUCCAAGUCCUCCGCUCCGGCCGCCGCGUCGGCGUCCGGCCAGGGCUCCUCUCACCACCACCACCACCACCACUCCGGCGGCGGCGCCGACGCUUCCGCCACCACCCUCAAGCGCAAGCGCGGCGUCUUCCAGAAAGACCUGCAGCACAUGAUGUAUGGAUUUGGGGAUGAUGCAAAUCCGCUACCAGAAACUGUUGCGCUUGUGGAGGACAUUGUUGUAGAAUAUGUCACUGACCUGGUCCACAAGGCCCAAAACGUUGCAUCAAAGAGGGGCAAGCUGUUGACAGAAGAUUUUCUUUACCUCAUUCGCAAGGAUGUACGGAAACUGCACCGUGCCACUGAGCUACUCUCCAUGAAUGAAGAGCUCAAGCAGGCAAGGAAAGCUUUUGAUGUGAAUGAAGAAACAUUGGCGACAAAUAACGAGUGAUCUCUUUUGAGAAAACUCGGAAAGUUAUGUGUAGUACUGAAACUGGCCGUAUAAGAUCAUUGCUCCUCCAGAAUAUGUGCAUCCAUUUGUAAUUUGUACCACUUCUUUAGGAAGGCAAUGAAAGUAUGAAACAUUGCGAUGGGGGUAAGAUAAUCGUGUUUGGUGCAAUUGCCUUUUACGGCAUGAUCAUCUGCCCGGGCUGCCCGCAACCUAGGCAGCCGAUGGCAUUUGGCAAUUUGCUUCUGUUUUAAUCUAGAGUCGCAAAUGAUAAUUUUAUCUUGUUGUGAAAAUAUGAAAAGAAUAUGAGAGCCAUGACAAUUAGAUAAAAUAUUUUCGU